AUGGUGAUCGCUUUCCCUACACCAGUGCAGGUUUUUCAUGGGGCUGCAGGCGCAGAUUUAUCACUCGAUAGUGAUGAAGAGCUGGACCAGCAAUCGGCGUGGGGGUACGAGCUACAAUACUCGAAUGUAGUGCGGCACAGUUCGUCGGUGGCUUCCAAUGGGUCAUCUUCCCUUCGGCAGUGCAUGUUCUUCUUGGCACAACAAGCCCAAUCUCGCAAAAAGCCUAAGAACUCUGUGGUCCCCAGCCGGCCCCUUCGCAAGAAGGACAAAGUGGCGGCCGCUAUGCGACUGACCAAGGGCGGCGCCGCCGAGCGCAACCAGAAGGAGCGAGAAGCCUGCCGUGCCGCUGAGGCCCUCGUCGCCAACGGGGACCUCCUGGCCCGCGCCGCCGAGCUGUCUUCGGACAGCGCGCUGUCCCCCAAACCAGAGGGGUUCUCUGAGGCGGUCACUCCGUCUAUAACUUCCACCGCAGUAUCCGAAACUGUGGGGGAGGGAGCAUUCUCGCAAGGAGGCAGACCUUACAUAUUCCAAAACCUGCGCGUCGGCAGGGACGGCUAG